CGGGCUACCGGAGCCCAGCACGCAGUCCGGCCCUGCGGCCCCGCGGACGCCCGCCCCGGCAAGGGCCGGACCUGCACCUGAACACGCCCGGCGGGCGGGGUCCGGGAGCGCGGCUGCGGCAUGGGGAAAUUUCAGUCCAAGCACGCCGCCACAGCCUGCAAGCGGAGAGAGAGCCCCGAAGGGGACAGCUUCGUGGUGUCUGCGUCCGCGAGCGGCCGCAAAGGCGCGGAGGAGGUGGAGCGGCGCGCUGGCGGCGGCGUGGAGCGCCGCGCACAGGACAAGCAGGAGCUGCCCAGUGGGGACCCCAAGGAUGGACCUUUCCGGGAGGACCAGGGUCUCCUAGAAGUAGCUCUCCCCUCCAAGAAGGCCGAGGGCCGCGAGUGCCCAGGACAGCUCUUCGGCGUGGACGCAGGGGAGAGAGCGGCGAAUCGCGAGGGCUUGCGAGGACUGGGCAGGAAGCACCUGAAUAUUGAUCAGGCCCUUCAGUGUGAUGUCUCAGUGGAGGAGGACAACCGCCAGGAGUGGACAUUCACGCUCUAUGACUUUGACAACAGUGGGAAGGUCACCAGGGAGGACAUGUCCAGUCUGAUGCACACCAUCUACGAGGUCGUCGGUGCCUCCGUCAACCACUCUUCAGGCAGUAGCAAGGCCCUCCGUGUGAAGCUGACCGUCAGCCCUGAGCCUGCUAGCAAGAGGAAGGAGUGUCCUCCCGCCAGCCAGGACUGGGAGCCCAGCCGCAGCCGGACAGAGAUCGAGCUUGCUGAGGACGCCCGGGUGGCGGACAAGCGGCUGUCUGCCCACCUCAGGCCCCUCCUCUCUGCCCCAUGCAGGAGGCCCAGCACGGAGCCCCAGCCCUGCCCCGUGCAGGGGCCCUACUGCGUGGACGAGAACACCGAGCGCAGAAACCACUACCUGGACCUCGCUGGGAUCGAGAACUACACGUCCAAGUCGGGCCCAGGGCUGCCGGAGCAGGCGAGGCAGGCGCCGCAGGGCAGGGCCGCACACCUCCAGAGCAGGUCCCACUCCCAGGGGCCGGACACCCACGCCGCGCAUCACCGCAGGUCCCAGGUGCUGACCGACCACACCGUGCCAGUGGCCGAGCCCAUGGUGCGGGUCCUGGACAUGCAGCCCCGGCUGAAGGGGCAGGAGAAGCAGUUCCUCAGGUCCCCCAAGGGUCCAGGGAAGCCACUGGGGCUGGCGGUCAGCAGCAAGCCGGGGAAGGUCCUCAGCUACUACCUGCCGGCCACCCCGACCCCUCAGGCCACGCAGGAUGGCCCCCACCUCCCACAGCCCCCUCCACAGCCCCCACCACAGCCCUUCGGCCACAAGCGGCACCGACAGAAGGGCAGGGAGGGCCCCUCGCCGCUCAAGGCCCCGCACAGCCAGCCUCUGGUGGAGCCGGAGGCUGCGCGGGAACUGCCGCCCAUGCCGGGGGCCGAGGCCUGCGUGGCUCCCAUGGUCCAGCGACAUGAGCACCAGCACCAGCACCAGCACCACCACCACCACCACCACCACCACCACUUCCUGCCCUCCUAGCGCUCACCCCGCCCUGGGCCCCGCCGCUCGAGGCCCCGCCACCCCUGGGCCUCCAUUGCCCCCGUCUCGACCCCACACCCAGCUCCGGGUGUCAGGUGGAUGCCAUGGGCGUGGCACCAGGACGGGCCUGGCUCAGUGCCGCGUGGACGGGGUGUUCGACGCACUGUCCUGACACGCGCUGUUCUGUGACCAUAAAGCCACACUGCACGCAGGGAACUCCCUCACUCGCUUUCCUCCCUGCGUCCGAGGUGGGGCCGGGCAGCGCGGGGUCUGCUCAGUGGCUCCUGGUAGGCCCUGGCUGGGCUUCGCCUGGGCGCAUCAGGCUGUCCCUGGUGCGAGGCCAGGUGGAGGGGCAUGAGAAAGCCCCCGGGGGCCCUUGUUCUCCGUGAAGUCGGGCACGGGGCCCUGGGCAUGCCAAGUGACCUUCCUGCACAGGUCGCAGGGAGAAGGGUGGCCGCCAGCCUCAGCCAGAGACGCCAGUGCUGGCCAGGGAGGCGCUGUGGCAGUGCAGCCCGGGGUCCCCAGCACCCCGGGUGGGCCUGGGCAGGGAGGCGCAGGGUCGGGAGGUGUCACACCCUAGCAAGCGGGAAUGGACGCAGGGGUCAGCUGCGUGGCACUCCCAGGUGCCUGCCCACCAGAGCAGGUGCAGGAGGACGGGAGCCCGCUGCAGGGGAGCUGGAGUCUGCAGGGUCCGGGCUUCCUCUCCUGGGUUGUUUUAAGAGCAAGCCCGUUGAUGCUCCGCUGGCCCCUGGCUUUUCCUCCAGGCAUGAGAGAAGCAUGUGCUUUGUAAUGCCUCGUGCCCCGUACCAGCAGCUUUCCAGAGCGCUGCGGUCAGUGCGUCUGCACUGAGUGGCCACAGGUGCACCCAGUGGACAGGGUGUCCACCUGGGCUUGUGCAAGGUUGGGGACUUGCUGCACAGGCAGGCGUGCGCGCCACGUCAGGGUUGGCUCUCCCACCGUACUGCUGGGAAAACCCCAACCAAAUUGCAAACCCACGUUCAGCUCAGGAUACAGGAACCCCGAGGCCAGGGGCUGCUGCAUGGACCUUGGCUUGUGCAGGGAGCUGGGCUCCUGGCCAGCAGGGCUGGUUGGAGUGUUGGAGGGGCUGUGUCCUCCUCAGAUGUUGUAGUUUCAAGAAAGCCCUGGGGAUUUCUGGGGCUGGGGUCUCCCCCGAGCUGUGCCACAGGCACCCGCCUCUGGUUCCUUGUGUUGGCCACAUCCUGAGGUUCUCUGCAGCAGCCUGUUCCAGAACAUCCACUUUCCACACCAAGCAGGCCUAUCGCAUGGACAUCUGGGCCGCGGACAGUGCUGCUGUGAAUGCAGGGACUGUUCCAGGAGAGCCGGUGACCCACGGGGUGACCUUCAGAGGGCGGCACCAGGAGAGAGCCAGUGACCCACGGGGGACCUGACGGUGUCAGAGGGCGGCACCAGGAAGUCCGUGCCAGCGUCCCCACUCCUCUGCACCCCACACCUUGCCAUAAGCCCAUCUGCUGCCCUCUGGCCAGGGCUUUCUCUGGUGCUCCAACCCACAUGCAAACCAUGGACUGAGUGUGGGCUCCUGGCAGUGCUGCCUGUGUAGCUGGAUGCCAGCUGCCUCCUCCUGCCCAGGCAGGAGAUGACCCGAGCCCCCAAGGCUGGUCUGGCUGACCAGUCCUGCAACAGCCCCUCCAAGAGACGGGAGGAUGAGCACAUUCUCCAGCUCCUUGGUUUUAUGCUCAGUGAGACGUGAAACUCUCCAACUCAGAUUUCAUAGGACUUUAUUCUACAAACAAAAUCAUACAAAGACAAGGAAUCUAGAAAAGGAAAGUGUGGAAUCGAUUUUGAUGGCUGCGGUGACAAGGCAGAGAUCACAAAGGAAAAGCAGGCUGGGGCGCAGCUCCAGUCCCGGGCUCCCCCGGCUUCCUGUGAAGGGUGCCGCAGCCUUGGCCUUCCCACACAGGCCAGCCCCUGCGGCUCUGCUCCAGCCUGCCCUGGGAGGCCGGUGAGCGGGCCCUCCCUGCCCUACAGUGCCUCUGUCCUGACCUGGGCUCCGUGGAGGGCUCUGUUCACUAGGGAGCCCUGGAAACCAGUGAUGGCCCAGGGCCUGGGUGGGUCCUCGCAGGAAGCAAGGUCUUACGACAGUGGGGUCACCCCAAGGCCCCGGGGUGUUUAAAUAAAUAAAUAACCCACGCAGCGGCCAGCGAGGCGGAGUGCUGGACAACCGCAGCCUGCAAACACGACUGACCUAGGAAGCAGAAAGCUCCAAGGUAAAGUGCAAACCCCGUAGGGUUGAUGAGGGCGCCAGGCCCGCUGCUGCGUCGCCUGCAGAGGCACAGCCCCGGCCAAGGGCGAGCGGGGACAGCACUCCACAGGCAGGGCCAGCCACCGCGGCCACCACACUGGGGGUCUCUCCUCGCACCCCGCUGCUGGGCACGACCUGCAGCAGACUCCCAGGGCACAGCGCCCUUGGCGGCUGGUCCCAGGCACAGCCCCGCUCAGCAGGCGCCCCCGGUGUGGCCCCCACGCCCCCACCAGCACCCACGUGGCCCCGCGCGGCUCCUUCCGCACUGCUCGGUGUUCAGCGGGGGCUGGGAGGCGGUGGGAGUCCCGCGGCCAUGUGCCAUUCUGCCCUCGUGUCAGCGACACGUGAAGCCACAGCCACUGGACAGUCCAGCUGAGGGGAGGCUGUCCUGGAGGCGGAGGCUGGGCAGCGGGCAGGGGCCCAUCCAGGAUGCUGGGCACACGGCGCUCUCCACCCUGGACGGACACGGGGGUCUUUCCAGUCACCUGCUCUCCCUCUCAGGACUUCCUAGAACAUUUUCUGCUUGGAGGAAGCCCAGGUGGUAGCUCUAGAAACUUCUGUAGGAAGCCAGCUGCAGCAUGUCAGGCGGCCUGAGUGACAUCCUGGUCAGUCUGAGUCCUCACCCCACCCAGCAGCCCACGCUCUCAGGUGUUAGGAGUAGAUGGUGAUGACCUCCCGACCGCCGCCCCUGACCAGGAGCACCCUGUUCAGCCCCUCGGUCAAGACCUCGAGAAACU